AUGAGAGUGAAAGAGCUUGAGUAUGAAAAUAGGUGUUCAGUUAAUUGUGGUGCCUUCAUUGUAGCCUGCGCCCCUCCAGUUGGUGCCUAUGACCCUAGAGAUCUUGCAAAGAAAAAAGGAGCAGUGAUUAUAAAUUCUUCAACAGAACGAUUCAAAGAGCCAAAGGUGAUAACUCCAGGCCCAGGAGCGUUUGACAUAUCAUCUGUAACACCUGGUAAAAAGAGCCUCAAUGACACUCGCUGUAAACUCAACUCAACAUGCCUAGGCAAUCUAAAUGACACCAAUGGGGGAGGAUGUGAGCGUUGUAAACUAUUUUCUGGACAUGAUUCCAAAGACUGGGCUCAGUCUCUCAAGAAAUGCAAGGAGGCCCUACAAGCCCAGAAAUCUCGACUCCAGGAUAAGCUUAGAGAACUGGAGCUUGACUCAUGGCAGAAAGAUGACUCAAUAAGGUUCCUGAAAGGUGAGGUGUCUGCUACUGCUGACCAUAUGUUACAGGGAGAACAGGCAUUGUUUGAAGCCAAUGCAGAAAUUGCAGGGUAUAGAGAGAAACUAGAACAUUUGGAGGAUCAAGAAAAGACUGUCAAUGAGAAUAUUCGUUUGCUGUCUGAAAAGUAUGAAGUGAUAGAAACACAGCUAGCUGAGGAGCAAAAUCAUGGAAAGGAAUGUCAGCUUGAGCUUCAGUCACGUCUGGAUGUAACACGUAGCAGUUUACAGGAGGUAGAGCAAGAUUGUGUUGAACUUCAGCAAAUGAAUAGUGAUCUUCUACGUAAACUUAACAAUGAAAAGGAUGAGGUGGAAAAACUUAUCUACCAAGUGGAAGAGCAGAAGAAACUCUCAGGGGACAUUGGAAGUCUUCUGGACAGCAAAGAGGAGAUCAUCACAGAUUUGGAAAUUCAUCUGGAGGCUAGCAAAGUAGAGCUGCAGAAUACAAAAGAUAUGGCAGAGAAAAAUGGUGCCCUUCUUCAAGGCUACCGCAACAAAAUCACAGAGCUGGAGACAAAGGAGAAGUUAGUGCAGGAACAACUGAAAGAGGAAAGACUAACUGCCAAUCAGACUGCUCGGUCUCACGCUGACAGAAUCAUGGAGUUGGAACAGGUUGAGAUGGUUCUGAAGGAAGAGGCACAGCAGAAAGAUGACAACUUUAAGUCAGCACUGAGGAAGUGUGGGAGUCUGGAGGAACAGGUAGAAAGGUUAACUGUACAAGUCAGCAAUUUAAAGGAAGAGUUUGAAUGCACUGUUAAUGGGUUGAAACAUACCAAGGAAAAAGAACUCAAAGAUCUGAUGGACACAGUGGACAGGGUAAGAACAGAAAAGGACGAACUCGAGAGACGAGUCAUUGAACAGGUAGACGAAAUCUCGGCUUUAGAUGAUAAAGUUGCUGUUAUAUCUAAAGAUAAAGAGUCUGCAGAAAUAAAGAAGGCUGAGAGUGAGGCUGACUACAAAAAGAUUAUAAACAAACAGAUUGAGAAGAUUGGGGACGUGAAAGCCAAGAUUGAGAAUCUUUGUCAGGAAAAAUCUGAGUUAUUGCAGCAGUUAGAACUGGUAGCACUCGACAGAGAUACAGUCGCAGAGGAACUCAAGCAAACUAAGGAGCAUAUGACAGUUACUGCUGCUCAGAAGGAGGCUAAAUGGUCACAUGACCUGCAGCGUCUCACUAAUGACCUCCAGGCCAUUACAGAGGAAAAGCAGAUCCUAGAACAAAAACUGACACAGACAAUAGCUCAGCGAACAGGACUCAGCGAAUAUGUUGAGGAAAUUAAAGGAGAGCUUGAAUUGCAGAAAAAAACGGUUGAGGAGAUCACUCAAAAGUUGUCAGAUGAUGUGCUUCAUCUUACUGAGAGUAGAGACAGUCUACAAAAUGACCUCCAGGCUACACAAACCAACUGUAAAAGUCUGCAGAGUGAAAACAAUAAUCUGAUGAGUGAAAUAGACUACUUGCAAAAAUCCUCGGAGCAGUUGAAAUGUGACGUUUUGGAAAAAGAAGAGAAACACAGCCAAUACAUUGAAGGAUUGAAUGAUGAGAAACAAAGGUUGGAGAGUCAGCUAGCAGAUAUUGAGAAACAUCAUAGUGAAUUGAAAGCGGAAUUCACAUCUACUGCAACUGAGCGAUCCUCAGCAUUAGAGAAAGGGGAAUACUUAACAAAACAAGUUGCCAAACUGACUAAUGACCUGACAAUCAGUCAAUCUGAAAAAGAUAAUUUGGCGGAAAAAGUGUUGGAUCUGGGGAAGAAAAUAAUUGAUCUGGAGGAAGAAAUUGACUCUGCAAAAUCUGUGAAUGUCUUCCUAAGUAAUCAGGUGACAGGGUUAACAGGUCAAGUAGCAGAGGUGGAGGAUAAACUAGAGUCCAGUCAAACUAAAAAUCAACAGCUUAUUAGCAAUGUUGAUGAAUUAAAUACACAGUUAACUGAAAUGAAAGGACAGCUGGAUUGUAGUGAGGACCACAAUGAUAGCUUGACUCGUCAGGUCUGUGGACUGAAGGACAAGGUGACUGUUUUAGAAAAAGAUCUCAAAUCGAGUCAAGUUCUAAAUGAAGACAAUACAAAAGAGAAAUCAUUGCUUUGUGAGGAAGUUACUUCUGUACAAGCAGAAAAAGGGGCUCUGUCAGAGCAAAUUUCUGGACUUUCAUCUAAGUUAUCAACGGUGGAGAUUGAGAAGGAAUCGUUUUGUAAGCAGGUAAAUUUAUUAGCAGAUAAACUUAUGCAUCUACAGUCAGAAUAUGAUUCACAGAAUGAAACUGUUGCCAGUCUUAAAGGACAAAUUUCUGACAAAGAAGCUAAAGUCAAGGAUUUCUCGGCGAAAGCGUUGUCUCUGGAGGAACAGUUAAAAUCUAGUCAAAUUGAGUUCCAGGCAAAGAUGGAAGAAGUCACUCAUCUGAAAAGCUACCUGUCCUGUAUAGAGAACCAAGAAAAGACAAACAAGGAGCAUAUUGUUGAGUUACAGGAGCAGCUUGCAGAGGGAGCCAACAAAGAGGAACUGCAGCAGACAUUACAGGAGAUGGAGAAAUGGAGGAAACUGUAUGAAGACCUCCAGGCUAAGGUAGAGCCAUUCAUGGAGCAGUUGGAUGCAUUUGAGUUGGAAAAGCAGGCUCUGAUGGGUCGAAGUAAGAACGCCCAGGCAGAGGUUGAUAAACUGAGCAAAGAAUAUGCUAAACUACUGGGCCACCAGAACCAGAAACAGAAAAUUCAUCAUAUCAUCAAAAUCAAAGAGGAGAACAACUCUUUAAAGAAGGAAGUGUCUGCUCUACGUGAACAAUGCAACAAACACAAAAGAACAAUAGGCAAACUAGAGGACAAGAAGAAAGUUGCAGAGGGCAAGAAAAGGUUUGAUACAUCCAAAGCAUUCUCUCACUCCAAGGAAAACUUGGUACCUCCAUCAUCACCACUCCGUGACGGAAACCGACACUGAUUGUUUUCAACUGAAUAUUCAUUGGCAGCUGAUCGACAC